GAGCAAAUUAUUAUAUAGUCUCAUGCGAGAGACGAUGGCAGCAGGUGUUUAAUUACUCGUCUGAAACAUCCAUACGAUUCAGUCCGACGCGAGCUUUUCUCGGGUCCUGCCGUUCGUCCCUAUUUAAAAUUCUCAGUCACGCAGGUCAAUAGCAGUGCCAAAUAAUGGGAGUCAAGAAAAAAAUAAAGCAAAACAAACCCGUUGAAGCUGAAAUCGAUAAUGAACUGAGAGUACCUUAUUUUAAAAUUUUCCGAUAUGCGAAUUGCUUGGAGGUGCUGGCCACAACCAUGGGCCUCAUAUUCGGUUUCCUGAGCGGCGGUGGCAUUUGCUACAACCUGGCGCAAUUCGGAGAGCUCAGCACGUCCUUCGUGGAGAGGACGAAGUACCAAGAUCGACUGUCUAGCAAGUUGCCGCUAACAUCCUUAUUCGGAGGUGGUCGGAGAUUAGUAAACGCUUCCCAUCAAGAGAAUAUGGACGCUCUAGUAGAAGAUGGUAAAAGCAUGGCAAUCGGAAUGUUCCUAAGUAUAAUUAUCUCAAUGAUAUUCUGCGUGCUCUCCACUGCACUGAUUAGUUGGAGUGCGCUUAGACAGAUCAAAAGAAUCAGAAUACUUUUCCUGCAAUCAGUACUUCGCCAAGACAUGUCAUGGUAUGACACAGACUCGGGGUUCAAUUUGGCUUCGAAAAUGACCGAGAACAUGAUGAAGCUGAAGGAAGGGUUUGGAGAAAAGCUGUCAGUGGUGUCUAACCUAAUAGGCACGGGUGUGAUCUGCCUGGCAGUAUCUUUUCCUCUCGGCUGGGAAUUGACCUUAGCCUGCUGUACAGUUGUACCGUUCUCUAUUGCAGCAUCUGUUGUUCUUUCCAACUAUCAAACCAACUCUUCUAUUCGAGAAUUGGAUUCCUACAGUCAAGCAGGGAAACAAGCUGAAGAAGUCCUGAAAUCAGUUCGAACCGUGGUGGCUUUCGGUGGUGAAAAUAAAGAAAUCGAGAAGUAUAGAAAACUAUUGGAGCCAGCCGAACAGUAUGGACGAAAAAGGGGAAUAUACACAGGUCUCGGCACGGGUUUCAACUGGAUCCUGACAUACUCCCUGAAUGCCAUAGGACUGGCUUACGGGACGAGACUCGUUUUUGAGAACUUCGACAAGAGCGAUGUUGAAAAGAAAUAUGUCGUGGGCACUGUGUUUACUAUUAUGUUUAGCGUGUACAUGGCAACUCAGUCAAUAACGUUCUGCGUGCCGCACUUCGAGACGUUCGCCGCAGCCCGGGGCGCCGCCGCCACCGUGUUCCAGCUGAUCGAGCGAGAGCCGGUCAUCAACAGCCUGUCCAAGUCGGGCACGUCUCCGAGGCGCGUCAUCGGCGAGAUAACACUAGACAACGUGUACUUCAGCUAUCCGUCCCGACCCGACGUCAAGAUUUUGAAAGGACUGUCGCUACAUAUCAAGCCUGGAGAGUGCGUGGCCUUAGUUGGUUCUUCUGGUUGCGGCAAAAGUACUGUUUUACAACUCUUGCAACGAUUGUAUGACCCACACUCGGGAGAAGUGAAACUAGAUAGAAAGGAUUUGAAGAAUCUCAAUUUGGGGUGGCUUAGGUCUUCGUUAGGUGUAGUAGGACAGGAACCAGUGUUAUUCCAUGGAACAAUUCAUGAUAACAUCAGCAUUGGAUGUCCUGAAGCAACUAGAGAAGAAAUCCAAAGGGUUGCUGACAUGGCAUAUGCGCAUGAGUUUAUCAUAAAUCUACCAAACGGCUAUGACACAGUUAUCGGUGAACGCGGAGCGUCACUUUCAGGCGGUCAGAAACAACGUAUUGCAAUUGCCAGGUCUUUGUUGAGAGAACCGGCUGUUUUAUUAUUGGACGAAGCCACUUCUGCGCUCGAUCCCCACUCAGAGAAAAAAGUUCAGGCCGCAUUAGACAGGGCUAGUCUCGGCCGAACCACUGUUACUGUAUCUCACAGGUUGUCAACAAUCGUCAAUGCUGAUAGAAUUGUUUGUAUGGAUCAAGGUCAAAUCGUUGAACAAGGAACGCAUGCUGAACUAAUGAAGUUGAAAGGAUUUUAUUACAAACUUGUGACUACUGGAAAUGAGAAUCAUGAACCGGAUGUUAUUGAAACAUUGCCUGAAGAAACAACAGCGGAAGAGGAAACCAAUGAAUUGACACUCGCACCCAGACACGAUGUGAAGAGAAGAUCCAACAGAAAAAUAUACAGGCAUCAUUCGUUGAAAAGAGAUUCUCAUGACUGGAUGACACCACGUGGAUCUAUUAGCUCUGUAAUGUCAACCGGCUUACAGAAUUUUGUGUACAACGCUGAUAUUGAAUCGGAAAAUGAGAAUGAAGAUGAUGAGGAAGUAAAACCUGUGAGUGAUUGGGAACUGCUGAAAUUAAAUGCACCUGAAUGGCCGCUCAUAGUUAUAGGAUCACUAGCCGCCUUCAUUCAAGGAGCGUGUUUCCCUGUAUUUGCGCUCUUAUUCGGUUAUGCUUCUGGCGUAUUCGUGUUGCCCAAUCGUGAUGAAAUCAUUUACUGGGCGGACUUCUACUCUGGAAUGUUCGUGGUGGUCGCAGCAGUCGCCGGCGUCACAAUGUUCUUGCAGAGUACCACGUUCACCAACGCGGGGCUGAAAAUGACCUCCAGGUUGAGACACCACUACUUCUCAGCGCUGUUGAGACAAGAAAUUGGGUACUUUGACAAAGAGAGUAACGCAGUUGGAGCUCUUUGCUCGCGAUUGAGUGGUGAUACAGCAGAAGUACAAGGCGCCACUGGCCUGAGGAUAGGACUCAUUCUUCAGGGCCUCAGCUCCGUGGUGGUCGGGUUCAUCAUGGCUAUCUCCUAUAAUUGGAAACUUACCCUUGUUGCCACAGCGUUCUUGCCACUUAUGGUAGGCAGUAUUUGGUUAGAAGGGAUAAUCUCGCAGAAGUCUCAGUCUGAUGAACGCGAGGCUAUGGAGCUGGCCACCACUGUCGCCACAGAAGCAGUCGUCAGCAUCAGAACUGUGCAAAGUUUAGGCGUAGAGAUCUUGUUCUUGGAGAAGUUCAAGGUGGCUCUAGAACAAUCAUGCAAAGCUGUGGCGAAGAAGACUAGGUUCCGAGGAUUGGUGCUGGGCUUAGGCGUCUACGUGCCCUUCCUCUCUUACUGCAGCGCCACUGUGUACGGCACCUGGCUCGUCGCCAGGGAGAACUUAGACUACAAAAUUGUAUUGUUAGUCAAUGAAGCCGUGAUGUACGGCGCUUACAUGUUAGGUCAGUCUUUGGUAUACGCACCGAGCUUUAACUCUGCCAAAGCGUGCGGAGCAAAGAUACUGGCAGUGAUCAACAGACAACCUAAAGUAAGAACUGAAGACGGAGUCAAGGAUAAACGGGAUUGGAGUACAACUGGCAACUUCAGUAUCAAGGAGGUGGAAUUCAGCUACCCCACCCGUCCCAACCAACGGGUUCUCAGAGGCGUCGACUUGAAAGUGGAAGCCGGCAAGACAGUAGCUUUAGUGGGCUCCUCUGGAUGCGGGAAGUCGACUAUACUGCAGCUGCUGCAGAGGUUUUACGACCCUGACACCGGCAAUAUUGAGCUCGACGGCGUGGAAACACGACAGGGGAUGACUGUACCGCGGCUGCGUCGCCAGUUGGGCGUGGUGCAGCAGGAGCCAGUGCUAUUCGACCGCACGCUUGCCGAGAACAUUGCGUACGGGGAUAACAAUCGCAAGGUCACCAUGCACGAGGUCGUCGCCGCAGCGAAGGCGGCCAAUAUACAUAACUUCAUCGUCUCCCUACCAAAGGGUUAUGACACGAACCUCGGGUCGAGCGGCGCCCAGCUGUCAGGCGGUCAGAAGCAGCGUGUUUGCAUCGCGCGCGCACUCAUCCGGUGCCCGCGCCUCUUGCUGCUCGAUGAGGCUACGUCAGCCCUCGACGCUAACAGCGAGCGGGCUGUUACUGAAGCAUUAGAGAAGGCAGCUAAGGGACGCACCUGCAUAACAAUCGCACAUCGGCUCUCAACGAUCAAGAAUGCCGAUCUAAUCUGUGUCAUGGAUAAAGGUAAAAUUGUCGAGAAAGGCAACCAUGCCGAGCUGAUGAGUCAGAAAGGACAUUACUGGAGAAUGUGCAAAGGGCAGAAUGUAGCUUAAAGGAUCACAUAAGCAUAAAGCCGAACUACUACUACUACUCAACGAUAUUAAAACCGAAGGUGUUGAUGCUAAUACAACUUGGAACUCUUAUUAAUUUUACGAUUUCCAAGAGACUCCUUUGAAUCUUAUUUACAAGUUCGGAAUUGUAUCCCAUAUUCUGCUGUUAGACAAGAUAGUUAACGAGUUGGGUAUUGUUUGUUUUUUAAUCAUAGGUAACGUAAUCAUAGAUAUUUUAUUACAUAGUAUUGUUAUGUAACAAAUUAAUGUAAGAGGAGAUUGUUGUGAAACGAUUGUUGUAACGUGUACGUUGAAUAAAGAGAUAAUUUUCAAUUUUUUCAUAAUCUUAUAUUUCUUCAUUCUAGGACAACCUUUCGUACGAAUGCAGCAUUUAUUACAAAUUACAAAUUCACUUCACAAUAUCACUUCGCAACUUCCACAUUUGGCAUUAUACCCUGUACCCUUUCACAUCGGAAUUACUACUAAAUCGUUAAAUGGGAGCAAAAUAUAUAUCUUAUUAUAACGCUAUCAAACACGUACACUUUUGUUAUGUUGUGAUAUAAAUGGAAAACCCAAAUACACAUCAAUGUCAAAAUAUACCAAAGCGUACGUCCGUUCUCUUAACGCUAUACAUAUAGAUAGUUAUCUUAAUCGCAAAUAUUUACAACAAGCAAUAUUAUCAUCCAAAUGUAAUACAAAAUUAUGAUGAUAAUGC